GAUCUACUGGUAGAUCCCGAUCUACUGAGAGCUCCGAAUCAUGCAUCUUCAGGUGUUUCCUUUGGUUUCUCAGUAUUUAAUUUAAUGAAUGCAAUCAUGGGAAGCGGAAUACUUGGCUUAUCAUAUGCUAUGGCCAACACAGGGAUCAUUGGAUUUAGUAUCUUGCUGCUGAUUGUUGCCAGCCUUGCUUCUUAUUCUGUAUUUCUGCUGCUCAGUUUGUGCAUUCAGACUGCUGUCACUUCGUAUGAAGACCUUGGCCUCUUUGCAUUUGGAUCCCCUGGGAAGGUUCUUGUGGCAAGUACGAUAAUAAUUCAGAACAUUGGAGCUAUGUCAUCUUAUCUUUUAAUUGUUAAAUCUGAACUGCCUGGUGCAAUUGCAGGAUUCAUAAGUGGAAAUGACAGCGGGUCAUGGUAUCUUGAUGGCAGAGUGCUGUUACUGAUUACUUCGGUCUGCAUUGUUUUUCCCCUUGCACUUCUUCCAAAAAUUGGCUUUCUUGGCUAUACAAGUAGUUUAUCAUUUUUCUUUAUGGUGUACUUUGCUCUUGUGAUUGUAAUAAAAAAGUGGUCCAUUCCUUGUCCACUGACAUUAAACAGCCCUAUAGAGAUCUUACAGAUUUCCAAUUCUACUCAGGAAUGUAAAGCAAAGCUCUUUCAUUUUUCUAAGGAGAGUGCUUAUGCCAUCCCAACCAUGGCCUUCUCAUUUCUCUGCCAUACAUCAGUAUUGCCCAUUUACUGUGAGCUCCAAAGCCCAUCAAAAAGCAGAAUGCAGAAUGUAACCAACACAGGAAUUGGUCUGAGUUUCCUAAUCUAUUUUGUGUCUGCCUUGUUUGGGUAUCUUACUUUUUAUGACAAAGUGGAUUCAGAAUUACUGCAAGGUUACACCAGGUAUCUGCCACAUGAUAUCAUCAUCAUGACUGUAAGACUAGGCAUGUUGUUUGCUGUGAUUUUGACAGUGCCUCUAAUCCAUUUCCCUGCAAGGAAGGCUGUAAUGAUGCUAUUUUUCUCACAUCUUCCCACCUCAUGGAUUUGCCAUAUCCUUGUCACUUUAGCACUCAAUGCAAUCAUUGUGUUGUUUGCAUUGUAUGUGCCUGACAUUAGAAAUGUGUUUGGAUUAGUUGGUUCUACCACAUCUACGUGUUUGCUCUUUGUGUAUCCUGGACUGUUUUAUCUUAAACUUAGCAGGGAGGACUUUGUAUCACGACAGAAGCUUGGGGCUUUUUCAUUAUUUAUUUUUGGCAUAUUUGUUGGUCUCGUAAGUUUAGGCUUAAUCAUUUUCAAUUGGGUUACCGGUAAUCAAUAAAAUCCCUUCCAUUACUUCUUGAGCUGGACUUAAGAAUGACAAUGCAAACUAAGACCUCCAGAAACAUAUUGCAGGAUCUUGACAAAAUGUUGGACAUCAUCAAGAAGAAACCCUUCGAGAGCAAUGUAUAAAACUGUGUAUGAAAGAUUUUGUUAUUUUACACUCAUGUCUGUUUCUUUGACUGAUUGACUUCUUGUACAAUUAAACUUUUCCAUUCUACAAAUA